CGGACGGACAACCGGUGGCGCGCUAACAAUGAUCGUGUCGGAGGUCGGACCCCUCGGACACGGCCACUCAGCCAGAGUUCCGUUGGCCACACUGAUCAGCGCCCGACGAUUGAGAUCUCUGAGGUCUUAACUCUUAACCUCAAAUACGUUCCAACCCGAUUAAAAAUUGUUGAUAAUGCAUUAUUACUUAUAAUAGUGCAAUAGCCAAUAGUGCAUUACUCGCUGGCCGCUGCAUUUGCGUAAGGCACUUUAAAUAGGUGCACUCGUCUUCUGCACAUCCGUGUAGGUUGUGUCCGUUUUUUUUUGUAUAUUUUUUUUCCAAAAUACAAUCGUAGACCGUAAUGGUGUAGUACGUCCUGUUAGGUUAGGUUACGAUAGAAUAAUGUUGAUAAUAUACCGAUUAUGUGUUCUUAUUACUUCCUAGAAGUCACAUUGAAUGUUCUCGAUAGAAAAGGCGAUAACGUUGACGUGAAUGACGGAAAAUUUUCAUUUUACAUCAAGGAAGCCCUUAAAGAAGUUUUUGGCCAGUUUGGAUCGAGUGUCAACUUUGAUGUACUAAGUUUUAAAGCUGGAAAAGGCAUAAUUCGGUGUCCAUCUAAUUUUUACAUUAAAUUUCGUGGAGCGCUUACUUUGUUUGGACGCCACAACUCAAAUACUGUUGCAUUUAACGUGCAUCGUGGUGCUUCGUGUUUAAUAUCAUUCAUCACAGAAGACAGAACUUAUAAACAUGUCACAAGUAAUUAAAGAUGGUAAAGAUACAAUCAUAUUUGCCACAAAAGAAGAUCAUCAGUCACCUAGUAAAGUCAUAUUAUCACCACCAGAACCCUCACCGGGUCUCAUAUUUCCAGAUGGCUCCAUCAACUGGAAUUGUCCAUGUUUAGGAGGAAUGGCUACUGGGCCUUGUGGGGUUGAAUUUAGAGAAUCAUUUACGUGUUUUCAUUAUAGUAAAGAAGAACCUAAAGGUAUGGAAUGUAGAGAAAAGUUCACAGCUAUGUGGACUUGCAUGGAUCAAUAUCCAGAAGUAUAUACAGAAGGUUUAAAAGAUGAUGAGGAAUUUUUAAAUAAAGAAGAACAAGCUGGUGAAACCAUCAAAAAUAAAGAGACAAAUUCGUAAGAUUUGUUAUUAAACUGUGCUGUUUUAGAAUUUUUUUUCGUUUUAAAUAGAUGUUUUAGGUAUUAAAUUUAUAUUUUUGUUUUGUUUUUAUGUGUACUUAAUCAUAUUAAUUAUUAUCAACAUAUUCUAUUAGUAAAAACAAAGAAUUUGUUAUUUGGUUUAUGAA